AUGCCAAACCAAAAUCUUUCUGAACUAGAUAAAGAAUAUGAUCUGCGAGUAACUGGAGCAUUCAAGAUCGGUCGAUCUCCGCUUUGUAACUUAACAGUAAGCGACAGUCAUGUUAGCAAAGUUCACUGUAGUUUGAAAGUCUGCAACCAGACUGAGCUUGAUUUGAGGUAAAGUUCUGUGUGUGUGUAUGUAUGUGUGUGCUGGAAUGGUGUUUUGGUUUUUUUUGUUUAUGUAAAGUAAAAAAGGAUUUUAUUUUAUCGGCCUUUUUUUGUCUCGUAAAACAAAUUCAAGAUAAGCAUGGGAAAACAGCUGACGUUUCACAAGGCCACCACAAAAAUGCAGAAAUUCCAUACUACAGAUGUGUCACUUCCCAGUGCUUUUCAUUGGCUAAGAUUUGCUUCAUCCAAUGAGGAGCACUACGCAGAUCAGGGAAGAGAUGGGUCAUCAGUAUGGAAUCUCCGUGCUCAUUCCUCAGACGUCAUUUGUGCUGAGAAACCAGUGUUGGCAUUAUGACAUGUCACCUGUUUUCUCACGUUAAUUCAAGAUAGCUCUAAUUUGAAUUUGUGUUUUUAAAAUCUGCAUAAUUUUACAGAUGUUCUGUUUGGUGGGCUAAGGAGAGUUCCAGCAUACAAACGUUUGAAAAGCAUCUGUAAAUAUUUGUGACUUUGCAGAGCUGAAACACUUUCAAAUUUUGAGGGUCAUUAGUUUUUCAAGGUGCUUAUUUCACAGUGUUGAUCUAUGUAUAUUUAGAGAGAUUAAGAUUUGUGUUUACGGCAAACAGCAAACGUUAGAUUCAAGUUGAGAAUUUUUCAGAACAGAAAUUAAGCAGAUAACAACAGUCCAGAAUGAUUCUUAUCGAUAAAACUGGCAUAAAACUACUUAUUUUUGUGUAGACGCAAUAAACAGUGAACUAAAAUAAGGGAAAAACUUGGUCAUGUAGUAGAAAUUCAUGUUUGCCGUUUGCCGUAAAUGUGCAUCUUAAUCUUUCUAAUAUUAGCUAACUGGUCCCUGAGAAGAGUUAAAAAAUAAUGGAAGAAUAUAUUGUAAUCAUUCUGCUGCUGCAACCUAUCACAUUUUUGUGUUGCAAUAUUACUCCUAGUGAUGAAUAGGUGAAGCCUACUUUACUUUUCAACAAAGAGGGUACCUCAGGUGGUGCUAUCAGAUCUCUGUAGUGUCAUCUUAUUGCCCAAUAAUCAUCUGAACUGAGGCUAGGCCUUAAUCAUAGCCAGUUUAAACUAAUUACCCUUUGAUGAAAUGACACUGGCUGGUUGUCAGACUAAGUUGGUGGGAAGAACAUGUGGUUUUCUGGGAAGAUUAUUGACAAAGUCAUUAAAUAAAGCUGACUGUCAGUAUAAUUUACUUGAGACUUUAGGAAGGUUCCAGUUCCACUUCAAACCUCAUGCUCUUUCUAAUUUUUAUUAAUAUGUGAAUAGUUUUAUUUUUUUGGCAGUGUUUGUCCAAAAGUGAAAGUCCUUAUUACAGACCACAGCUCAAAUGGGACGUGGAUUGUCUCUGAAGCUAGCAAUGAAAAAACAAGACUACAGAAGGAAAUGCCCACUCAACUGAACGAAGGAGACCUUAUUUUGCUGACUCGUUCCACUGAUACAAACCAUGAUGUCAUUGCCUAUAAGUAUCUUCAGUCUCCAUUCCCGCGAGUUAUGAAAAGCAUUUACAGACCAGCAGAAUACUUAAUUCAAGGAACUGAGGAUUUGCACCAAAGUAAGAAAAUAGACGUUGUAAUCUGUGAGGAAACAGAAAAACCUAUUCCAAGUGUAAAGGAUAGUGAGUCAGAAGCUGUGGUUUUAAACAAGACUGUAGCGUGUUUUCAUAACGAUAAACCCUUGACCAAUAAGUGUAUUGAAUCUGUCGAUCUCACAGAUACAGGCAAAGGCAUCGAGAUUCAUACACAGAACUUUGGAGGUUUAAACAAUAAUGGAAAUGUAGGCAACACAACUACUACUUAUAAACCAGCCCAUUUAGAUCAAAAUGUUUCAAGUCUAAAACAAGACGACAAAAAGUCUCCCAAUUUAAAAAGGAAAAGCGAAUCUGGUGAUGACUUUGUUUUGACGAGGAAGGUGAGGUUUAAGGAGCAAAUGGAAGAGCAUUUUGAGCAACCAGAAUCUUACAUUGGUAGCCCUUUUAAAAAUGGAGAAAAGUGCAUUGAAAACUUUAAUAUCCAAGCAGAGUUCAAAUCUAGUAAAUAUUAUACUUGCUCCGAUGGAAUUGGCAAAAGGAGUUCUUCUCCAUUUACGAACACUACAUGUACUUCUACCCAUGAUAAUAUAAUACAAAAAAAUCGUGGUAAAGGUGAAGUCAAACCCUGUACUAACUAUUCAGUGGCAAAGAAACCAUUAAGCCCCUGUAAUCCGUCGUCUUACGAGAGCCCGUCAGAGUUGUCAAAAUUUAUGGAAGUUACAGAGAAACAUGAUUCUUCGUGUAUGAAUGUUGAACAUCGUAGCAGUGCAAGUGGUUCCGAAGGAUUAGCAGAUGACAUUAAAAGUGGAGACAAUUGCAUGGAAAACCUUGAAAACCAUGUGGAAGACAUAAUUACUGGCCAUAGAGAUAGUUAUAUUGGCUUCGAUAUUAUUGGCAAAGGGAGUACCACUCCGCUGACAUCCUCUCAACAAAACUCUUAUACCAGUGAUAACGGAAUACAGAAAAUAUGUGCUAAAGAUGAAGUCAAACCCUGUGCCACCACUUCAUUGGCAAUGAAAGCGACAAGCCAGUGUGACCAGUUACCUUCUGAAAGCCCAUCAGAGUCAGGAAAAGAGAAACACCAGUCUCCGUUUGCAGAUGGCAUUUCCAUCUUGUUGCCAGCGUCCUCUCCCACUCAGCCCCCUGGGAACGAGGUUGAUGACAUUCUAUAUGGUAAUUGCGUUCAGUGUGGUAAGCGGAUACCACAAGUUACCAUUUCCUUGCAUGAAACAGUUUGUGAAGGCCUCAGUCAGGAGGCUAAAAGUCAAGAUCAUGUGUCAUUAUCAUCGCUUCAACUUGAAAGUUGUUUGCCUGGAGAUCAUGUGAGGAUUUGCGAUGCUGGAAACGCUGAGAGAAAGGAAGACAGUGGUGUUCAAGACGACAUUGAAUGCAUUGAGGAAAACGAGCAGCUGAAUGAGACAAAUGGGCAAACAGAUAACAAAAGUGAUAAUCCUGACGAAAAAGUGAGUGAAGUAAGCGAGAAGAGCGGUAGUGAAACUUAUAGAUCUUUCCCACGUACAUGUGAGUCUAAAGAGGAUUUAGGUAAUUGUGUUUGGUCUAAGAUCAACGACAAACGCGCUGAUACAAGCUGCACAUCCGGAAACAUCGAAGGAAAUAUCGAAGAAACAUUUUCAGGCUCAACAGAGCAGAAUGAGCAAAACAGGUCCCUUGAAAGCAGCCCUGUAUUAGUUUCACUUGAUCGAAGUCAACCCACACUUGAGAAAGAAGAAUCCAAAGAAAGAUGCACGUUCUGCUCAGGUUUAUUUCCUGUACCGGAACUCGUUAUCCACGUUUCAACUUGCUCUAAGACUAGCGGCAUGGCAAGUACCGAUUCAGAGGACCCAGACAGUGUGAAAGAAGCCUGUCCUUAUUGUGCAAAUUACCUUGAUGUUUUAGCUCUUGUAGAACAUGUUGACCAAUGUAAGAACCUGUCAAUGAUAAAGGCUGUUGAAAUAUCGCGGGAAGAUUGCUCCCAAUCUUCUCUCUCUGACCCGGGCUCUGAUUGUUCGUCCAGAAGCGAGGACGAUUCUCCGAUGGAAGAUAAAGAGCUCUGUCCAAAAUGCCAGGGAGAGUUUUGCUUGUUAGAACUAUUAAGCCAUGCUGAUAAAUGUCUAGGGGAAGUGCGCAAAUCUGGUUCUGGCUCAGAAUCUCUGCGAACAGAUAUUCGGGAACAUAUUAAUAGUGACGAUGUUCUUGAUCGUAAAAGAGAAAGUGAGAAAGGUGUCGAGAAAGAUUGUCCGUAUCGUGAGGGCAAAAGUCUUGAAAACCAUAGGUCGAUUGAAGAAGAAUGUGAUAAGAAAAACAGCGAAAGGUUUGUAAUCACCAGACCAGAUAAUGAAUAUAUCGAUGAAGACGGUUCCAAGGUUAGUAGAGGGGGAGAUGAUGAAGAUAGAGCUUAUAGUUAUGAAGUUAGACUCGUAAAAGAGGAUGAUGACAUCACACAUGGUGAUGAUGUCGGUGUUCAUAUCGAUGACGAAAACAACACCGGCAGAGAUGGUAAGGAUAAUACUGGAGAUGGAGAUGAUACUGAUGACUUCGCUCGCGGUCACCAUGACGUCCGUCUCGGUGACGACGAAAGCAGUGCCUACAUAGACGACGAAUUUGUUUCCUCUGAGGAUCCUUCGGGUGAUGGUGAACAUCUCCUUGCAAUGGAAACCAGCGAAGAUGACGCUGAUCUUGAUCAAUUUGAAAUCUGCCCGAAGUGUCGUAAGCUAUUUCAUCUGUCUUUGUUGGUCGAACAUGCAGCUAAAUGUAGCGUAGUUUCACUAGACGUGCAAACAACCGGGGAAACAAAGACAGAAUUUUCUAACUCAACCACCCCAUCUGAGUCCUCUACAGCAGCUCCCAUUGUUUUCAGUGACUGCAGCGUCUGUGGAGUACGGUUGCCCGUACACAUGAUGGGUAUUCAUUAUCCCAGGUGUAAGAAGCGGCGUGCUUCAAAUAAGGGAAGUGAAUGCUCCAGCCAGUCUUCUGAAAGUGACCCUGCAGAUUUUACGGGGCAGACUGGUGUCCGCAUAGACAAUCUAAGCAGCAGAGUAACGGUCGAGGAUGAAAAGGAUGAGGCACACCCAGGAUGUAAAUCCGGAGAGUGGCCAUCAUCAUUUGUGACUAAAGUGAUUAGCUCUACUGGUAGUAGCGAGAGAGAGGCAGGUAAAUUAGAAGGAAUUAGCUUAAAAAGAACAUUUUCCUCGCUGGAUUCAUAUCACAACUGCGAAGAACAGUGCAUCUACUGCUUUAAAAUGUUUGCUGUGAACGUUCUUGUAGAACAUGUCGAAGCCUGUGCAACGCUCAAUAAGGUAAGAUGUUUUUAUUUUCCUGAAAUAACUUUUAGUUAAUAUUUAAAACAUGCCAGUGGAUAGUGCUUGUUGUGGCCAUUAGAGUAUCAGACUUGUAAUUCGGAGGUCCAAGUAGUACGUAUCGCUGACCGCGAGAUCUCUGGGUGGAGGUCUUUCUUGGCAGUUGUUAUUGCAAGUUCAGCGUCUUCGCCAUUUGUGUAAAUAGCCUAUCGGUGUGCCUCCUCUUGUAGGUGUAGCUGUUAACCUUCAGGCGUUGCCCUGGAUUUAGCAGCAUAAUUUUUACCGACAUGUUUUGAGAGACAGCGUGGCCUAGUAGUCGGCGCAUCGGACUCCCAAUCCGUCUGUAUCGUGUUCGAGUUCUGUCCCCCGAAUUCAAAUAUUCGACCACGCUUGUAAAUAGCCAACUUUUUGCCUCCUGCCAGUUGGGAAUUUUCAUCCGUUUAUGUUCGAUUUGGAUUAUUUGUUUAUAAUUAUUUGAGAAGGGUGUCUUUAAGUUACCUUUGAUGCUAAGUGCGCUUUCGCUAUAAAUAAAUCUUUACCUUUGUACCUUAUGUUAAAAAUAGGCAUACCGAAGUUGGCUAUUGGCUUACUUCCAUCAGCAAAAGGUUAAAACGCCGUGAUUCUCCGCCAAAUGAACGGACCGAGUCGCGAAAAAAAUACCAUUAUCAUAUUUUCUUUUCUAUAUACUAUAUUCCGAAUAAAUUAAAGAACAUACAUGGUGAGAAAAAAAUUGGGUUUAUACGAAUCAGCUUUUUCUUUAAUACAAUUUCGCAGGAUUCAUCCGCAGAGGAACUGGAGCAGUGUUGUUAUUGUCUACAGACAUUUCCGUUAAGCGAGCUUAUCAACCAUGCACAGAACUGUGAUCAAAAAGCAAUCACUGGCAGCCAGGUUUGAUGCAGUGUUUUAUUGUUAGAUUUUAUUAUUUGAAAGUGAUUUGUUUUGAUUUUUAACUUUCGUUUAUCAAAAAAGAAUGCACAAAUGUGCAGCAGAAAUAUCAGAUAUACUUAAUAUAAAGUGAUACUCAGUAGUUAGUAAAGAGCAUUUACCCAGAGCAAGCACCUCCCAACUAGGCCUAUGUCACGACGUUUUCACGGACUGGUCUAUUUUUAGAUACAUUUUAGAGCGCUUUUUCCUGAGUCCAUGAGCGCAUUCAAAGUAUGAGAUAUCAAAAAAGAAAACUAAACGUCAUUCAAAAGUCAUAAAUACCAUUUCGAGGACUGUAGUUUUUGGUGACUGAUUUGUUGGGCUUAACAGAUAUUGUAAAUUCGCGCCAAAAUAGUUCUAAAAAUAAACUGGUCAGUGAAGACGCUGUGACACGGGUACAGUAUGGAAGCUACUCACCCCGAGUUAUGGGCUCCCAUUGAAUUUCAAUGCCAUACUGUCUCUUACAGGAGGAUUCACGAGAUGGAGUCUCAUCUGGCAGCCAGUCAUCAAGCACAGAAUUACUUGAGAGAUGUAUGUAUUGUUUCAAAGACUUUCCAGUCAGCAAGCUGAUCCGCCACGCACAGAAAUGCGAUGGUGACAUGUCAGGACCUAGAGAGAGGUUUCAUGGUUUCUUGCCCUCUAUCCAUGAUGUAAGUGAAGAGUCAAUAAAAUAGAUGUGUUUAUAAUUUGCGCAAGGUAUCAAUCGCUUUGUAAAGUAAUCCGGAAUUCUUCGCUUUGGAAUGCGGAAUUCAGCUAAAGGAAUCCAGAAUCCCACAAACGAUUGCAAUCCGGAAUCCAGGUUCCACUGGCAAAGAAUCCUGAAUCCAAAGAGUGGAAUCCAGAAUCCAAGACUGUCUCAGUUUUCCUUACAUGGAGUGAUAUCAAUUUUUGUCACUGUACAUUAAGGGGAGGUGUUGGCGAGAUUCAUUGCUUCUUGGAAAUCCAAUCGGUAUCAAUGCAAAUCCCAUAACACUGAUUGACCUGGCCUUUCUUAAACUUAUUGUUUGUGUGAACUAUAGAGUCUUCUCCCUUUACAAUAUGGCGGCUGAAGAGGAGAAACGCCAUAUUGGAAAACGUUGAGACCUGGGGUCGAGUUUACGAAUAGGUAGACUGGUCAUGUUAUUAUUUGGAAAAUACCAAAGAUCUUUAAUCACGUAUUGUUUUGCCUCUAUUCAUUCACUUCACUGAGUAAAAACAAACUCUCCUCGGGGUGGACUCUAAUCCCUUAUAAGGGAAAAGUAGUGAUAUCCAGUCAAUUCAUCUAAAUUUUUGCUUAACCCGGUUCCCGCAUUGGAGAAUUGAAAUAAAGUAAAUUCUUUUCUUUCCUAUCUUAAUCUAAGCAGUCUUUACCUAGUUUUUCUUGUUUAGUUUUGUUCUUUAUGGGGUUUAUAAAUGACCAUUGAUAUUGUUUUCAGUUGAGUGCUAUUUCAUCAGUCGCCAUAUUAAAUGACACUCAAAGAGCCGCUUUACAGUACGUCAUCACCCGCUCAGCUAAAGAAUCCAAGAAAGUUUCCUCUGGUUUACUUGCACGUGUUCAACGCCUGGGUUACAGUGAGAACGACUUAAAAAGGUUUGUGUACAGCUAAAUGUAUAAGUGUUUUCCAAGUCUGAAAUUAAAAAUUAAAGAAGGUCGUUGUCCAUUAGGGACCAAAUGAAAUGUCUCAGUAAGAAUUUCGAAAAAAGAGCAAAUGGUAAUGAAAUACUCUGGGAAAAGUUUUAAAAUACCUGAACACCCUUCAAUUCUAAACAACCAAACCAUUCAAUCGUACGGACAGUUGUGGAAAGAAAGUUUUUAAAAGUUUGGUUUGCCUCGAGGUUAUUCCGGUUUUCUCCAAUAAAUCAGGAUAGCCAAUAGAAGUUGUGGAAUUGGAAGUAAUAUUCUCCAGUGGAUCAAGUCCAAUAUCUCUGUACUUGAUAAUGUUAUGUUUAGGCUAGGACAGCCAGUUUAUCUCAGUUUAUCAGGAGGUAGACCAGCCAGGUUCUCUCAUCAAGGAAAGCAAAUAGUGAUAACGUUGCCCUUGAUUAACUGAUGCUUUUACUGAGAUGUUGUUCGUGAGACGUAAAUCGUCUCGAUUGUCCCUUUGUUUGCCUUUAUUACCGUUUUCCUCCUAAUUAACACGCUUGGAGAAAGUCUUUUCAUCCCUUUUGGAUUUGGGGCUUAGAAAGGCUGGAGUCUUAUUUCAUGAUAAUUUUUCUUUAUUCAUGUUAAGUGGGAGAAUGUAAUCUCGUACCCAGAUCUCCCGCGGAGUGAGAUCUGGGUACGAGAUUAAGGAGAAUCUGGACAUGGUUGCCGAAGAACGUUAACAACGGACAUGGGCUCUUGCACUAAAUUUUUGUUUAUUGUUUAUUGUCUUUUACUCAGGACCUUACAAUGGGUGCGCAGUGCCGCUCCUAUCAUCAUCCACAUCAACCUUGACAAAGUUUUGCAUUUUCUAGUUAAAGACACGCAUUAUCGCAACCAGUUUGAGACUGGAACAAGCGGUGGUUCCACUGAUCUUAAAGCUAGAAAAUCUUGGGAGGUGAGAACUGAAACCAUGAAAAACGUAAAACUAUGCAUACAAUAGGCGGCCUGUUGCUGAAAAAGUCGUUAGGUCAUACAUUAGAGAGCUUUAGAUUCGAGGGCGAGGACGACAUUUAAUGCUAAGUUUUCUUGCCUAUUUUUUCUAAAAAUAGACAGCCCGCAAAGCUUCAUUGUACUUUUUUUCACCAUAAAAGUUGGCACGCUUAUUUCCAUUGAAAGAGGCAAAACCCUCUCCCGACAGCUAAAUGAUAAUAUUUCUAACAUUUGAUAACUUGUUUUUGCCACUACGACUUUCUCGCUAAAACUCGUAGUAGACUGACGACCGCUACCAAAUUUUCCCGCCAAAGUGACGUUGGUUUGCGCGCGCGCUACUUAGAAUUGGGAAAAACUCGGUGCUGUUACAGCUGAAAUAUCGACCAUCUCUUUUCCUCGACCGAUCAUACAAAAUCAGACCAUAAGUUUGUGAUUCGUGGCUGCAACCAUAUUCCGUCCUCGCAACAGCUUUUUGGGAACGUAACGCGAACGAAACUUUUGCUGUCCUUUAUCCUAAUGGCAAUCGCUGCAGCACGUGACGUGCGCGGAGCUUUUUGAUAAACAUGCAACGAAGAAAAGGACAAAACAUAAGUAAGCAACGUGAAUAACCGGGUCAUAAACGCGGCCCGGUUUUAGCCCAUUUUGUGAGCGUCGGUCUGUCAAGAGGGAGGUUGCGGGUUGAAAAAAGUUAGCAAGAUCAUGCUGGUUAUAAUCUAAGAUUUUUGUUUCCAAGUUCUGAUGAUCGGGUCAUGAGGCUGUGAUCCUUCCAAAUCAAUUAGAAGGGGACACAAAAAGUCUCGUACUGCUGUACGAAAAGAGUAGGGGACGCAAACCCCGAGGGUUUUCUCUUGUAGGGGGAAGGGGAGGGGCGGUAACGCGCCCGCAGUAAUUGGCGUCACACGGUUGCGGUUACCCUGCCCUGUUACUAUUGUAUGAUUAUGGUCAUAAAAGUAUUUUUUUUAUUUAUUAUAUCUUAUUAUUUUUCACUGAUUAUCUUAACCUCUCCAUUUCUCCUUAGGAUCGAAUAUUUAACAAUCAUUACAAGCGUAGCAGCCCCUUGGAACGUGUCAAAUAUGGCGUGCUAAACAUAGGUACCAACGUGCGUGCUCCUUUUAACUCACUGACGGAAAUCCAUGCUAGUGUUAUUUUAAUAUGUCAGUUCUCAUUUUUCUUCUUACACCCUUUUCUUUUCCCCUUCUAUCACACACGUUAAAACGAUUGACAGCAGCAAUAAAUUUCCAAGGAGGAUACCUCUUAUUUUGCGCCGUCUUGCUUUUUUUUCAUUGACUUUCAGUUUUUCGUUGUUUAUGUUCAGUUUGCAACUGGUUUACUCGCCUUGUCGUUCCAGGCCUAAAGGAAAGGAAUAGCCUUAUUUUCAAAAAUUGUUCUGUUAAAACUCUUCUUUGUUACUCAUGAAAGUUUAACUGUCUAGUCGCAUCGAUGUAGCUUUGACUUUACUGUAACACGUACAGCACCCGAGGGAGGUAAUUAGACGUUGAAUAGACUGAGCCGUCAUGAUCAUUCCUCACAGUUUACAUACUGCUAUAUUUUUACUGAACUUGCGUCUUUACUAUCUUGUUUUUUUUUUCUAGUUGGUGAUCCCCUUGGUGUACGAAGCUGUAUCAAUUACGGCGAUUCCUUUCUUCAGGUAAGUCGAAUUUUCAAUUUCACCUUUCAUAGUUUAAUUUACGCCGCGGAUAUGUUUUAUUCUACCAAGUUUGACUGAUCGUGAGUCAAAUCGAACUGUCAAUCUUUCUUAGCUACUACUUUUUCCCUUAUUUUCAGCUAAAGAAAGUUCGUCUUCGUACAACGUUCGCCUCAAUGGAUACUUCAGGAAGUGGAGUAAAGUUAUCGUGCUGUGAACAUUAUGAAAAUAUCAUGUACGCGUACAGCGACCCCGAGAUUACCGCGGUACAAAAAAUAAUAACAUUUAUAAUAACAAUGGCACAAUUUUGGAGGUGUGACGAUGGUGAUAAUGGGAUUGAAGAGUCAGUUUAUUAUGGGAUAAACAACACGAGAGUCACAUAUGCAGAAAGAGUGCAUGGAGGUUAGGAAAAAUCUCAAGUUUGGUGUCGAUCGGGCCAAUAUUGAACAAGAUACAAGUAUUUAAAAACUUGAAAAUUUAUGAGAAAUGUAUGGAUUGCUAGACUAUGUGUACACGCACCCUCCCCCCUGCCCGCCGACCAAAAAAACGGAGCUGCUUUUCCCAGGUUUUCGUUUGUCGAGGGUUCGAGAGCAGGUUGCGGCUAUACGUAGGCCAUGGAUUGCCGGACACAUGCACCUUCCGGACGUCUACACAUUUGUUACAUGUAGUAAAUUUUGGAGGUUUUGAAUGGCUGUAUCUCGUUCAAUAUUGGCCCGAUAAACACCAAACUUGAGAAUGUUGCUAAUUUCAGUGUGGUCUUUCUGACUACAUGGGUCCUGUGUUGUUUAUCCCAUUAACCUCACGAUGCAAAAGUAUUCCUUAUAGAGGCUCUUGACCAGUGUUUGUUUUCAUCCGUUUUGAGUGUCAUUCUUUAUUUCUAAAUCAAGCCUCUCUCUUUCUACUUUUUUAGAUCAUUGAUGUUGCCACGGGAAAGGUUCCUUUUCAUCGAUCAGAUUGCAUCUCGCAUUACAAAGAGGUAAUACAUUAAGGAAGUAAACUUGCGUCGAACUCCACCCCACCCCGCUCCCCCGACCAGAUUCUUUGGGUUAUUGCUAAUCAGAGACGCAUCCCAGAUUCGUAGUACUGAGAUCUAUAUAGUUUUCUAAAAGGCAAUGGCAUCAGGAAGCGAGAUGAUAAACAGUGACGAGCUUAUCAACAAAAUCGCCCUUAUUUGGUUCUCCACAGUCUCCCGAAAUACUCUAUUCCCGCAUUCAAUUUUCGUUCUCGACAACGGACAGGCCGGGCCAAGUACCAAAUGCGUUUGGAUAUAUAUAUAGUAACAUUAAAAAUUAUGUAACUUGACCUCAGGUUCAGAUCCAUGGACCCGUGAGCCUAUCAGAAAAUGUCGAAUGUAUUGUAGUGAACGCUCGCCACCAAGCAGACACGUGGAUAGGGAGCCUCCUGGACCUCUUUGUGGAGCAAAACAAAUGUAACCUUAUUUGGAUGGACCCUGAUGACCUCACUGGGGUAGCACCUACUCCACAUGGUGCCUUUGGACAUCAUUUGAGCGCUGGAUCACUCUCCGGUUCUCUUGGAAGGAGAAGAUCUUUAGGACGCACAACAACUCGUAAACGGCGGAAGCGAUGA